AUGAGAUCUUCAGGUUGCAUGUGCUCCUCACACAGUUCAAAAGGGUCAACCGCCCGUUUCCCGGUGCCUUGAACACAGAGCCUUUCUUCAUGCCUGUCACGCUCGUCCCGGGAGAACCCGACUCUAUCCCACUGUUUGAACGGCAUAGCCAGUGGCCGGCUGCAUAACGGCUACAGUCACCGCAGGCACUCUCCUCCAGGAACUCCAGCAUUUUGAUGCGAGAGUUUGCGGAUAAUACCAGCGACGGCGCGCUGACAGACCUCAACCCGCCCCCCCCAACAUGUCCUCGUGAUUAAUCAGGCUUUCAACAGUUUGCUGACAACGAGAGAUACAACAUUUCGGCAAAAUGGCGACUACUCUUCCGGCUCCAGAAGAUAUCAUGCUUCCGCCGAGCCCUCCCGAGUCUGUCAGUUCCCCGAAUGGCGACGAUCAAGCCGCUGAAGAGGCUUCUCUGCAGCACAAUGGAAUAACUUCCGAAAUAGCCCAAAUACAAAGCCCAUUGCCUCCUCCACUACAUAUUCCACCACCUCGCACACGGAGCCCUCUAGCCAAGACGCACCUUCGAUCGCGGUCUUUCGCUGGAUCGCCCGCAGCACCGUGCAUGACGCGUGCUCACUCAUCGCCAGGUCUGGAUUCCCGGGGUCGAUAUAUCUUCACCAGCAGUCAAGGUAGACAUGAGUUGCCUCUUCGACGACCCAGUCCACUUCGCACUUCGUCGGAUGAAGCAACUUGCCCGACUAUGAGCACUCUGAAUAUAUCCGAGCCGAUAGCAGAGCAGCCGGAACCCCAAAGCAUUUCUGAAUCGCCUCGAGCUCACCUGGAGGUCACUUCGAUGCCAGCCGGUUCCUUAUCUCCCGGAAUUCACAACACAUUUCCCCGCUUGGCCCGUCGUCGACCUUCUUCACCGCUUAACCCUUCGUCCACUACGAGUGGAUGGCCUAGAAGUACGAGCCCUUCGCCUUCGCAGCAAAGUCUUGUUAUCUCUGCGCGAUUUAACGAACCAUACCCCUCGUACGCCUUCUCUACCGCCUCAUCCAUGCCUUCCACACCAUCGAGCAUGCGCUCCCGCAGCCCUAGUAUUUCAUCUUUAGAAACAAUACCUGAUAUCCCCGACGCCGAAGCUGCUGCAAUAGAAGCCGAUCGUAUCGCAAAACUAAAAGCUGCUGCCGAUAAAGCCGAUGAAUCUGCCGGAAAUAGUGAUGUCAUUCGGAGAAGAAAUGCCAUGGACCUUCACAAUUCACCGUCCUUGCGAUUUGCCAUGGGUCGAAAACGGUGGAGUGUCUGUGGGGCAGAGGGGCGGCAUGAUCUAGAUCUCGAAACGAUCUGGGAGGAUUAGCCUUGACGGAUUCAAUCGAUCUGAGAGAUGUGUUCGGUCUCGAAGGUUACCGUUUUCUCGAUGACCCGCUCUUUAGCCCGUCAUCAUGGCUCUUGUAACAGUACCUUUUCUUUCGUUUGCUUUUUUCAUCCCUGCGGUCUUCAUACACACGAAAUAGCUUGGCGUGGGCGUUGUUUGAGCGAAUCGGCCUGGGUGAAUAACUACGAUACCCCAAAUUUCCUGUUUCUUCCCUUCGUUUGUCUCUCUGUCUCGAUCACCUCGUUCUGGCAUUCCUUCUCGCCAUGAACAGCCUAUGUCCAUGGAUUCCCGUACCUAUUGCCAAGCUUGCGGUUUGCCAUUAUUUCACUUUCCCACGCUGCACCUCUAUGCUCAUUCACUUUUUCAUAGGAGCAUACAGUGGAGCAUGGCCUUAUCUUACUCCAUAUUCGCACCGCCGGCACAGUCGUUUCACUUCUAUCUUUUUAUUGUUCUUCACGCGGGACCCCCUUUCCACGAACGUUCUUGUCCUCAGCGUGACGCAGUACCCUUAAUCUCGAUAUUUGCUUUCUGACUCAGUGACCACUCUGUUACACCGGCGUUUUCUUUUCUUUUUUUCCCUUUCUUAUUUUCCCCGUCAAAGCGGAGAUUCCGUGUUGAUAAUGAUUCGAGCCAAGCGGUUACGUUGACGGUAGGCAAUCGUGCUUUCGUACGGAAGAUAGUAACAUAUUUUUAGUAUUCUUU